AUGGAAAAAGCUCCGCUGCAAAUCUAUUUCAGCGCACUUUGGAUGGCAAAGCUACCUACUAUUCGAAGUCAUUGGAGCUCUUUGCAGCAAACAAUUGAGUGCAAUCCUGAUUCAGUUCUCCGUAUUGCUUCCUCACCUGAUGGGAGUGUGCUUGCGUCAACAUCAGGCCACAAAGUUCGUCUCUGGGACCCUUCAAGCGGACAGUGCUUAAAUACACUUGAGGGUCAAGAUCUGUUACAGACACUGGAUAGUGAAGUAAAUGAUGAUGCGUAUAGGACCAUCGCGUUUUCGCCUAAUGGGAAAACCCUCGCGUCAACAUCACGAUCAAGCAGCAGGGUGUGGCCGUGGGAUGUAUUAACCGGGCAGUGUCUGCAAGUGCUCCAUGGCCAUACUCGUGCAGUCAAUCAAGUGGCUUUUUCAAGCAAUGACGACAUGCUUGCAUCGUCAUCGUAUGACCAGACGGUCCGCCUGUGGGAUCCAUGCAUUGGAAACUGCCUCCAGAUUCUUAUGGGACAUACUGAUUGUGUUCGCGCAGUCGUCUUUUCACCUGCUCCACGCUUUGCAAAUAUACUUGCGUCAGUAUCAGAUGAUCGCAGCAUACGGAUUUGGGAUUCAACAACGGCAAAGUGCCUGCAGGAUAUCAAAACCUAUGAUGAGGAGAUCCGUGUCCUCGCCUUCUCCUGCGAUGGAGAGAUUCUUGCAUCAGCGUUUGGCGACAAAAGCAAUAACGUAACGAACUUUCGCAUAACAGAGGUACAGCUGUGGAACCCAAUGACCGGACAAAACCUACACAGACUCCAAGGCCCUUCGGACAAGUUAACCGCAAUUGCGUUCUCUCCUAAUGGAAAGAUACUCGCAUCCGCGUCAUGGGAUGACUCCGUACGGCUAUGGGAUCCUUUGUAUGGACACUGCUUGGCAAUACUUUGGCAUCCUGUUCCUUUCUAUGAUGUUGCGUUCGCGCCUGAUGCUAAAACACUGGCACCAUCAACAAGCCAUGAUGACAGUGUUUGGCUUUGGGACCCACUGACGAAACAAUGCCUGCAGAAAAUGGAAGGGCAUAGUAGCUGGGUCCACUCGGUCGCUUUCUCACCUUCGAAUUAUAGUGAGAAGCUGCUCGCAUCAGCAGCAUUGGAUGAUAGAGUGGUACUUUGGAGCACCUUUCACGGUAUCACGUGA